CAGCGGUGUUCAACCAACCUCAACCACUCCCCAUGUUGUCGACGGCGUUUGCGCGGACGGCGCACGCGCACGCAUCGCGCCUUCCGGCAUGCAAACGAUAUGCAUCUCACGGCAGUGGGCCGAAGUACAAUGAGCCGUCUGGCUACCUGUUCAGUGAGAAGCCACCACCGCCGGGCGAAAAGCGUAAGAAAGAGGCAUGGGAAACAUUGGUAUGUGGGGAUGUAGGGUCGAUGCUGGUGGCGGGCGUUCUGCUUUACUACAAACCUGACACGAGCUUGCAAACAUGGGCGUACAACGAGGCGAAGAACCGGAUGGAAGCACGGGGAGAGAAGACUGACUAUCCCUGAUACACACUGAACGUCCACCACUUCCGCUCCGCAC